AAUUCCAGUUCCUCGUUCACCAUCAUCUCUGCUCGGUUUACGUUAGCGCAGUUUACGCCAGUAGAGCCUCUCUGACUCCUGUGCCUUCCAGACCUUUCUCAAAAUGUCUCUGUUCCCGAGCAUUUCUUCUGGUCGCAAGUUUAUCGUCGGAGGCAACUGGAAGUGCAAUGGCACCGUGGAGUCUAUCAAGAAGCUCGUUGGCGUCCUGAACGCUGCUACCGUUCCCAGCGGCGAUGUCGUCGAGACCGUUAUCGCUCCCCCCUCCGUCUACAUUCCUCUGGUGAAGGCCGAGCUCCGCAAGGACUUCGCCGUCGCUGCUCAGAACGCCUGGGUGAACAAGGGCGGCGCCUUCACCGGUGAAGUGAGCCCUGACAUGCUUGUGGAUCUCGACAUUCCCUGGGUCAUCCUCGGCCACUCCGAGCGGAGAACCAUCAUCAAGGAGUCCAACGAGUUCGUCGCGGACAAGGUUGCCUAUGCCCUGAGCAAGGGCCUCAAGGUCAUUGCGUGCAUCGGCGAGUCCCUGGAGCAGAGGGAGGGCGGCGAGACGGUCGCUGUCGUCUCUGCUCAAGUCAAGGCCAUUGCAGACAAGAUCAGCAAGUGGGACGAUGUUGUUCUCGCCUACGAGCCCAUCUGGGCCAUUGGCACUGGCAAGGUCGCCACGCCUGCUCAAGCCCAGGAGACUCAUGCGGACAUCCGCAAGUGGAUCGCCGAGAACGUCAGUGCUGAUGUGGCAGCUGCGAUCCGGAUUCAGUACGGAGGCUCUGUCAACGCCGCCAACUGCAAAGAGCUUGCCGCUCUUCCCGAUGUAGAUGGUUUCCUUGUUGGUGGAGCUGCUCUCAAGCCCGAGUUUGUUGAUAUCAUCAACUCUGCUACUGCUUCAAAGUAGGAAAGCCUGCUUGCAGAUGUUUGCUAUGAUAUGGUUGGUAUCAAAUUUAGUCGGUUAUACUUGAUCCAUUGGUCCGGCUUCUUCAUUCCAUCUAUUAAUUCUUUUGUGUAUCAACACAUGCAAAACAAGGCGUAUCAACACAUGCAAAACU